AUGAUUUAAAAAUUAUUAUCAAAAGUUAGAAGUAGAACCUAAAGAAUAAAAAGCAAAAACUUUUUAUAGCUUGAAAACAAUUACUAAAGUUAACAAAAAGUUUAAACUAGGGAGGAAAAAGAAUACUAGUAAGCUUUAUAUUAAAAUAAAAGUAUUAUCAGAAGUUUUAUUUUCGGAGAACCAGAAUAGCUCACCUUACUAAGGAAGUGUGUUUAGUAGGAUAGAUGCCCAGAAAAAGUAUUAGAGUAUAGUGAGUAAGCUAUAUGGGAAUUAUACUGUAAGAAGGAUUAUUCUAAUGUUAUAAGUUGUGUAGAGGCAGUAUUUCCUUAUGUUGAAAGAGAGUUUUCAAAAGAUAAUAUGAGUAUUGGUCAUAUUUCUUUGAUUAUGGCUGAGUCAUGCUUAAUAUAAGGAGAUUAUGUGAGAACAAUAUUGUAUUUAAAUGAAGCCGAGGAUUCAUUUUUUUUAAAUGAAGAAGAACUAUCAGAAUAUGAAACAUUUAUGAAAUACUAUUAUUCUCUAAAAAUAGGACAGCUUUAUAACAAAUUGAAUAUGAUAGAUAAGAGCUUUUUCUAUGCAGUAUUGUGUUUGAAAACAAAAAAGCUGUCUUUUCUGUAAAAGCUCCCUCCUUGUUAGCUGAUUCUUAAUUAUUACGUCACUAAAAAGGAUUUAAAAGAAGCAACUGAUUUUGGUAAUGCUAUACUUAAAUCGCUAUCUUUCAAUAAUCUUUUACAAAAAUGCAAACCCUAGGAGAUUGAAAGUAUGUGUGAAAUCUACAAAAUUAUGAUAGAUUUAGAAAAAAAUUAGCAGAGAUAAUAUGUUUUGAUAGAUCAAUUCCUUCUUCUACUCUCUAUAAUCAAAUCUAAUGACUAAAACCUAAUAGAGAUGUUAAAUAAAUAGAAACUAAAAAUUUAAGAAGACUUAAAUAAUUAUAAAGAUCUGUUGAAUGUCUUAGGGUUCUAUGGUUAAAAAGCAAAGCUAGAAGCUUAUCCAGAAUAAAAGCAAUAGCAAAAAUGA